AUGGCGUGUAAUCCAAGAAAUCCUAGGCCAGCUACUGUGUUCAAUAACAUCAAGCAACAUAUUAAUGUUUACGGAGACGAUGUUGAAGUGGGCUAUAGAGGUUAUGAAGUUACCGUAGAGAAUUUUGUGAGGUUAUUAACUGGCCGAUUAGCUCCAGAAACACCAAGAUCUAAGAAGCUGUUAACGGAUGAGGGAUCUGGUAUUUUGAUUUAUCUAACUGGCCACGGUGGAAAUGGAAUAUUGAAGUUCCAAGACUCUGAAGAAAUUACUAGUCAAGAGCUUGGUGAUGCUUUGGAGCAAAUGUGGCAAAAGUGGAGAUACCAUGAAAUUUUGUUUAUUGUUGACACUUGCCAAGCAAGUUCAAUGUACGAGAAGUUUUAUUCUCCAAACAUUCUAGCAGUAGCUUCUAGUCUAGUGGGGGAAGAUUCACUUUCUCAUCACUUGGAUCCUGCCAUUGGUGUUUACAUUAUAGAUAGAUAUACAUAUUAUGCAUUAGACUUUUUAGAAAAAGUAGAACCGUCAAGCUCAAAAACUUUGGGAGAAUUUCUCAAAGUAUGUCCUAAGCAUUAUUGUUUAUCAACAGUAGGAGUAAGGAAAGAUUUGUUCAGAAGGGAUCCUAAUAAAGUCCCAGUCACAGAUUUCUUUGGAUCAAUAAUGCCUAUAGAGUUAACUACGAGUAUAAUCAAUGUGUUGCCUGUUAAAAGGAAUAAGACAAAGAUUAUUAAGCCUAAAAGGAAACAUUCUUAUGCCCCUCAGUUUCCUGAUGUAUCACAAUUCACGUGA